GUAUAAAUUUUGGGAGCGGUGGAAUCCAUCCCGCCAUCAUUCGUCUUGGUUUACAAUAUGCGGAGGGUAUAGUGUGUGGUUCUAACGCUCGGUGCAUAGCGUUGAUGAGAGCGUUUAUGUCUGUUAUCAAAGACUACACAACGCCACCAGAUAAAGAACUGGCAAGAGAUUUGGAGUCUUCUAUUAAACCAUACAUCAGUUUUCUAACACAAUGUCGCCCUCUAUCAGUGAGUAUGGGAAAUGCUAUCAAGUACCUGAAGCUGCAGAUCACCACGACACCAUCAGACAUGAAAGACAAAGAGGCUAAACAUCGACUGUUUGAGAGUAUACAGCUAUAUAUACAGAGGAAGAUAGUGUUAGCGGGAGAAGCCAUAUCUAAAACUUACGCUAUAAAGAAAAUACAUGAUGACGAUGUUAUAAUGAUAUAUGGUUGUUCAUCUGUGAUUCUGAAAGUUUUAAAAGAUGCACACGACGCCGGUAAAAAGUUCACAGUGAUUGUUGUGGAUGGACGUGCUAAAAACGAAGGCAGAGAAGCGGCAAGAAGAUUGAUUAGAUAUGGUUUGAAAUGUUAUUAUAUUCUGAUCAAUGCUGUCUCAUAUAUGAUGCCCGAAGUGUCUAAGGUGUUUCUUGGAGCUCAUGCAUUGCUGGCAAAUGGUUACGUGAUGUCACGGGUAGGCCAAUCAUUGAUAGCGAUGGUGGCCAAGUCUUACAAUGUGCCAGUACUAGUGUGUUGUGAAACUUAUAAAUUUUGUGAAAGAGUUCAAACCGAUUCUUUUGUCUGCAAUGAGUUAGGUGAUCCAAAUGAUCUUGUAGAGAUCGGAAAACAAAACAGAUAUCUUGAAUCUUGGAGCGAAAUCCCUUCACUCAAUCUUCUGAAUUUGGUUUAUGACGUGACACCUCCAGACUUUGUAGAUAUGGUGAUAACUGAAAUAGGUAUGGUACCAUGUACCUCCGUGCCAGUCGUGUUGAGGGUUAAGAACAUUGAACUUGAAGUCUAUGCCUAG